AUGCGCAGCGCUUGCGAUGUCAGGCCGCAGGGCGUGUGCCAGGCUGAUGGAACUAUGCUGGUCGUCAAGAAUUGUUCCCUGGAGGCAGUGAACGACAUGUCUGGGCUCAGGCGCAGCAAGAGCGAAGGUGACGUUCGGCUCUCAGCCGUGGGAUGCCCCGCGCGCGCCAGUGGCCGCAUCUCGCAUGCCCGUGGUCACGAGCCGCUCUCGGCCUUGGUCUCGGUCGCCGCUGAUGGCCGCCGCUCCGGGGUGGUGUUCAGCGACAGCGGCCAGUACAGGAACAGUGGAUGUUCCGAUUUGGUAUCGUGCAGCUCUCAUUCUGCGAGCCGCGGGCCUGGACGCGGGCAAGAGCGUGAGCUAGUUGGGCACCAGGAUGCAGGACGCGUGGACGGCAAGGAGGAGAAACACGCCGCCGGCAUAUGCGUGCAGUGCCGCGACCAAGCGUCGAAGGAGGGCUGUGCGAGCGGGCGUGGAUGCCAGUGCUGCCACCUGCCGCACUCGAUCAGGAAGCGCAGGAUGCGGCCCUGCAUGGAAGUGCGGAUGCAGAAAGGCAGCAGCUCGCGACGACGGGCCGCACGCCUGAGGCUGCCGCCGGCGCCGCACGGGGCAGGGCCGGCAACGGCGGUGUCGCGGUGGUGGGCGCGCGGCCGGGUGUUAGCAGCAGCAUGCCGCCGCAGUCCAGGAGCGAGACAGCGGGGCCAGUCGCAGGGCGGCGUCCUUGCAACCCGCCCCUGGCCGUCGAGACGAGCCAGCCAGAGCGCGCGGCCCGUCGCCACACGCUUGCCGGGCGCGGCUGCGGGGAGAGGCGUCUGA